ACCGAAGACAACCUCUAGGACGCGGGACAAAAUAAUAGAGGGACAGGUUUAAUUGCAGUUUACCCCCCAUUUAAACCGGAGGCGGAGCCGUAUCACUGACAUCACACCUCUAUAUAAAAGCUACAGCUGUGACUAAAACUCCGCGGUCUGAGAGUAGAUGUCGCGGAUCGUGUGGCUCCACAGAAAUAAGCCAGUUUCCUCCAGCACCGGUAAAACCUAAUCGUUGUCCUUGAGAAGCAAGCAUCAUUCCUCUUCCCUUCCUAAACCUCCAACGACCAUGACGGCGAAUGGGACCAGUGAAGUACUUCAGAUCCAGCUUGGACUCAUUAGUUGCGGAAACAAGUAUCUUACAGCAGAAACGUUUGGGUUCAAGAUCAAUGCCUCGGCAACCAGCAUGAAGAAGAAACAGAUCUGGACGCUGGAGCAGGAUGGCGAUGAUUCUAACACUGUAAUGCUGAAAAGUCACCUGGGCAGGUACAUCGCGAGUGACAAAGAUGGUAACGUUACAGGUGACAGUGAGACGCCCAGCGUGGAUUGCAGGUUCACGAUCAUCGCCCACGACGAUGGCCAGUGGUCCUUGCAGUCCGAGCCUCACAAGCGCUAUCUCGGUGGCACUGAAGACCGGAUCACUUGCUUCGCCCAGACCAUAACCUUGGCCGAGAAAUGGGUCGUGCAUUUCGCAAUGCACCCGCAGCUCAACAUCUUCAGCGUUAUCCGAAAAAGAUACGCUCACCUGGUGGCCGAGCAGGGCGAGAUCGUCAUCGACAAGGAUACCCCAUGGGGCGUCGAUUCAAUGAUCACUCUGGUCUUCCAAGAUCUGCGCUACCAUCUGCAGACCUCCGAUAACCGGUUCCUCAAGAACGAUGGCACGCUGACCUCUUGCACCGACAAGACCACGGGCUACACCUUGGAGUUUAGAUCGGGGAAGGUGGCCUUCAGAGAUUGCUCGGGGAAGUACCUGGUUCCCAGCGGUCCGAGCGGAACCAUGAAAUCAGGCAAGAACUCCAAAGUCGGGAAAGACGAGCUGUUUGUAUUUGAGCAGAGUCUCCCGCAAGUUGUGCUCACGGCUGGUAACGAACGAAACGUGUCUAUCAGACAAGGCAUGGACCUCUCUGCAAACCAGGAUGAGGAGGGUGAUCAAGAGACCUUUCAGAUGGAAAUCAGCAAGGACACAAAGAAAUGUGCUUUUCGCACCUGUGCUGGAAAAUACUGGAUCUUAACAGCCAAUGGGGGCUUACAGUGCACUGCCGACUCAAAGUCUGACAGCUGUUAUUUUGACGUUGAAUGGCAUGGGAAGAAGAUCGUACUAAAAGGCUCAAAUGGAAAAUAUGUGUCUGCCAAAAAGAACGGUCAGCUGGCUGCUGUUAAUGACACUGCAGGUGAGACUGAAGAGUUCCUGUUGAAGCUCAUCAACAGGCCAAUCAUUGUGCUCCGUGGAGACCUCGGCUUCAUCGGCUGCCGGAAGCUGACGGGGACCCUGGACUGCAACCGCUCUUCGUAUGAUGUCUUCCAGCUGGACUUCAACAAUGGAUCCUAUAGUCUCAGAGAUUCUACUGGGAAAUACUGGACGGUGGGGGAGGAUGCGUCCGUGGUCAGCGGCAGCGACACCCCUGUGGACUUCAUGCUGGAGUUCUGUGACUACAACAAGUUGGCCAUCAAGUCCAUGGAGGGCAAAUACAUAAAAGGAGACUACGCUGGUGCCCUGAAGGCCAACGCAGACGGCACUGACAGCUCCACUAUGUGGGAGUACUAGAUGUACUUCACCAACGACCAGCCCUUUCUAUAAAUUCAGUUUGCAUGCACUUAAGGUUUCAGGAUGCUGACCUGCAGAAAAACUGGUAGGACUGGCUCUGCCUUAAGCGCUGUUCACAUGUACUGAACAGGGUCAUGUAGCACGAUGAUACAAGCCAUGCAUUUUCUGGAAAACUAUAGCGUGACUCUUCCUUUUUGCAAAGCUCAGCAUUUUCUAAUACUUAUUCUUGCACAAGACCAUGGAUUCAUGAAUGCAUAUUUGUUCAGGUUUGUUUACAGUUGCAUCUUUUUUUUUUUUUUAAUUCAGCGUUGCUUUGCAUUGUCUUUCAUGCAAAGCUGUAUGUUAAGGACGGCUUAACAUUUCAGCAUCACACCUGAGCCGGUGGUCAAUAUUUUGUAAAUGCUAGUUUUACAGUGUUUUCUUUUAGCGAGGCCUGGCUAUUCAUAUCUGUAACUAAACUUUGAAAUUAUCAUACAAGAGUAGAAUUAUUCCACAACAUCUGUGCUCUAGAUUUGUAUGGCUGUGCUUUGUGUUGACCGUGGUAAAAAUUUAAAUUAAUGUAUUUGAGAAGUGAUUCAUCUCAACAAUGCUGGUGACAACAUAAAGGUUCAAUUCAAACUCGGAGAUCUCUGAAGUGCUGAUGUUGCGAGUACAAUGUACAGUUUAAAAAAUCACGAACUACUAGUUCAUGUUGGUGCAAAUGCUUACUUGUGUGUUGCAGUAUUAAUGCACAACCAUGAGAAGCAGCUCCUAAGUAUGGACAAUCCUUUUACAGGCAAUAGUUACAGCACAUAUUCACUUUAAGGUACAUAUACUAGCACUGGAGGAGGAGGGUUAUUACUCAAGGGUAGAGGGACCUUGAACUUUCGCCCUGGGGCAUUUUCUUAAAUGACUCCUCAAAUUACAAACAGGGUCUUUUAGAUGGUGUAGCUAAUUAGGUAAGACAUGAGUACUUUGUGUCCGGACUUAGAAGUAUGACUGGAAAUAAGGUGAAUUCCGUUUCUUUAAAAUGCAGGAAUGUGAGAUAAAUUAUUUGAAUGACUAUGCACAGAAGACUAUUUUUAAAAAUCCACUGUCAUGUUGACAGAGCAUCUUAUUAACCAAAGAGCACGUAUUGAAAGUUUGGUUUACAGCUAAUGCUCCAAAGCUACUGUCACCUUUCAGAACGGCCCUUGUCAGCUGUGGCCCUCGUCGGAGACUCACUUAUUUUUUAUUUUUUUUUCUUCGCUGAGACAACCGAGGUCAUAUUUAGCAUUACUGAGCUAUGGAACGGAUCGAUCUUAAUUUUUUUAAAUGAUUAGGAUUUUUAGAAGUCUGAAAAGAGGAUUCCUUGAUUUUUGGUGCUAAACCAAAAAGUGUUCCAAAUGUCUAGUUUUGUCCCCAAAAGUGUUUUGUUUUUAUUUAGCACUUGUCAGCAAUUUUCUUAAAUGAAGCAUAACAAGAAGCAUUUUCCAUAAAUGUCAGAUAAUGGGAAUAUUUUAUUAGCAUAAACACACUUUACAUAAAAAUUCUGGUUAUAUCAUCAUUAAAAUUAAUAUGAAGUGCUCAAGUGAGGUCGCAUGAAUUGUAUCAUGUGACGCCCUCAGUCUCAAUCAAAUCAAAAAAGCUCAGCUGGGCCCAUCUGCUAUGUACUGCAAAGCCCACAUUUAGGAAACACUGUGUUGUGAACAUACACAUGCUUGUGUGCUGGGAGGUAAAGUGCCACAGUGAUGGAUAGGUGAUUGAUGGGACACCUGAACCCAUGACAAAGAGGAUGAUUGUAUCUUGUUCAGACUACAGGCUUUGGUUACCCCCAAAAGAACCACUUAAAUAGGAAGAUGGAAAAUGUAACUUCUUGAUUUUGUAUUUUUUUUUUUUGCUCCAAAGCGUGCCAUUUCUUUACCUUUCAAUGCUAAAAUAAAGUUUGCAUUUGAAA